CUGUAUUCUGUAGAAGGUGAUUUAUCACCUGAUAUAUUGCUUAAAGGAAAGUCCUUCAAGAACAAUAACUUAACAGUGUUUCAAUUUAUUUGCUCAACCAACAUCGCAGUUUGGCAGUGCUCCGUAGAGUUUCUAAUAGAGAAGAUGACACAUAAUGAUAUUCGAUAUGUAAAUAACACGUGUUACCAUACAAAUUGGAUAUGCUCUCCAAAUAUAUGUUCAUGUUCUGAGAGCUGCAAAUCAUUCACAUGGAAUGUUACAGUAAAAGAAGAUAUGAAGAACCAUUCAUAUAGUUGUGUAACUAGAAUGGUUACAGGGGAAGCAAAGUAUUUAGGAAAUAUAACAGUCAAAUGGAACGGCAAUGAUGGAUUUCAAACUCUUCAGAAGAUUGUUGUUCCUGUUGAUAUUGUGACUCGGCAGCCAACUACUCCAAAGUCAGAUUCUGUUAAAUGGAUCAUCAUAUCAAUUACAGUUGGAUCAGUUACAUGCAUUUGUGUAUUUAUUGUGUUGUCCUUAAAAUGCCGGAAGAUUUGCCGUUCAAAACGACACAAAGCACCACAAGGCAGUGAAACGGAGAUUCCAAUCUAUGUAAUUCCUGACCAAAGCCAUUUUUCAGAUCAACAAAACAGUAGGAAUAAACCUUCUAACGAUCAAAAUAUUAAUUACAAGCAUAAUCAAGCACCAAAAAUCAGACAGAAUCCGUCUUUACACGUUCAUACCCCGAAAAAUAGGCAUAAACCAGAUGACUUUCGAUUUUGGGAUUUCCGUCCAAGCACGACAAAUCUAAAACAAAGUACAACCACAUCAUAUAAUGCAGUUCGUUAUUCACCUUUGCCAGGGCAUAGAAAUUCGACCAGAACAGAAAAUAGUGCUUCAGGAGAAGGAGAAAGAAUGCAUUCUGUAGUCAACUAUCAAAACAUACAAUUAGGCAAUACAAUAGAUGAAAGUAAUGCAUAGAUUUGGCAUUGAACUGUGACAGUUUACUGAAAUAACUUGUGCAUAAUAUUGUUAGAAUUUUUUUUUCUUUUAAUUGUCUCAACAAAAAGUACAUUUAACAAUGGAGAGAGAGAGAGAGAGAGAGAGAGAGAGAGAGAGAGAGAGUCUGCAUAAUAUAUAUAUGGAUGUGAAUUGGAUAGUCUCCCAUUAUCAGUUACAGAGUACUAUCUACACUUAAUUAAAUGUUUAUUUAUGUUUUAUUUGAUUUAGUCAUGCUGAAAUAUAAAGAUAUUAAUUAUUAGCAACAACAUUGUCAACAUUUUGGUACAAUUUCUUAAAUUCUAAAACACAACGCGAAGUUUGUAAAGACAAUUGCAUUUACUUUUUGAACUUAACUUGCGAAUUACUUUUCUUUCUUAUUUGUAAACUAUUAACCUUUACUGUUUAGUCCAUUUUUGGUAAUAUCCUUUUGGCGUGGCUCGGUACUUAUACAUCCUGUCAUUGUGUUUUUGUACAAUGGUCUUUUUUUUGCAUUCUUGUCCUUCA